AUGGGUUCUGUCGUCCUGCCGCACUUGCGUACCGCUUGGCACGUCGACCAGGCCAUUCUCUCUGAAGAAGAACGACUCGUAGUCAUUCGAUUUGGCCGCGACCAUGAUGUCGACUGCAUGCGCCAAGAUGAAGUCCUCUUCAAAAUCGCUGAACGGGUCAAAAAUUUCGCUGUGAUUUACCUCUGCGACAUUGACGAGGUCCCUGAGUUCAACACCAUGUACGAACUCUUCGAUCCAAUGACCAUCAUGUUCUUCUAUAGGAACAAACACAUGAUGUGUGAUUUCGGUACCGGUAACAAUAAUAAAUUGAACUGGGUGCUCGAGGAUAAGCAAGAGUUGAUCGAUAUUCUUGAGACGAUUUACAAGGGUGCUAAGAAGGGACGAGGUCUCGUGGUUAGCCCGAAGGAUUACUCGACGAGGUAUCGGUACUGA